GCCCAGCUGUCAUCUAGAAGAGAGAAUGAGAAGACCAUUCACACCGGCUGCAUAGGAAACCCAGAAAAAGGGAAAACGCUAAAAUAUGGCAACAUCUUAACGAUUAGGUCAUGACGGCGAACUGAAGGUAGUUGUCUCUGAAGUAACGCGGUUUUUAAUCGGGUUGUUUAUACGGUGGAGCCGCAGUCGAGGCCUCGCUGCGUUGCUUUGAUACGUGAGGAAAAAAAAUGAUGACAAGGAUUGGAUAAAGAAGACAGUGAAAGCUGAAAAUCUACCUAAAUGGGGGACUACGGCUUUGGAGUUCUGGUGAAGAACGGUGGUGGUAACAAAUCUGCUUUCCCUGUCAGGAUUCCUCCUCACCUUCAGCCACAGCACCUGCAGGACUCCUCCAACCCCCCCAGCCCUCCUUCCUUUGUAAACAACGCCUGCUCCACCAAUGGGGGCAGCGCUUGGCUCUUUCCCUCUGUAGCCCAGCACGGUAACAUGCAAGAUGAGAUUCUGGAAUCGGACAAGUCCAAAGCCUUGGACCUCCAAGACAUGCAGGAGAAGUCUCAAGUCCAGAGCCAGCCUCAGACUCUGUCUCCAGGCCAGCAGGAGGUCGGAGGAGGCCUAACAGAGCUUGAUGGAGUUCAUCCUGACGAUGGGUCAUUAGAGAAGGGUUCCCUGGAGAGUAGUGUCGGAAAGGAGAAAUUAAGGAUAGAGUCUCCUGGGUUGAGCAGCUUUGACUACCAGGACAACCUGGGAAUGGCUACUAGCUGUGCGCAGUCCACCCCAUCUCCAUCCUCACUGACCAGCUUUAACAACUGGUCCCCCGCCGUUCCAUCCAACCAGUCUCCUGUGGUUGGGGAAGAUGUCGGAGCUUUCUUCAGUCCUGCUGGCUCUAACGCAAACGGCCCACCGCUACUGUUUCAGAACUUCUCCCACCAUGCUGGCCCAGGCUUUGGCGUAGGAGGUAGUUUCUCCCCACAGAUCGGACCAGUCACCCAGCACCACCCCCCUACACCCCAUCCUCACGGUCAGGGGGUUCCGCAGCAGCACCGCCGCUCCCCGGCUAGUCCGCAUCAACACCAACCUUCCUUCCCGCCACAUCCCCAUCGCGCCGCGCCGUUCGCCCAGCUGCCCCAUCUCGCUCCCGCUCAAAGCAAACCCCCUUCUCCGUGGGGAAGCUACCAGAGUCUGUCCACUCCUACGUCCACCUCUUGGAGUCCAGGUGGCUACAGUGGCUGGGGAGGGACACAAGGGGUUCGAGAGUACCGACGGGGCAUAGGAGGAGGGGUGGCUAGCCUUAACUCCUACUCCCCUUUGAAGAAAUCUUUCCCCAACAACCAGAUUCCCUCGCAGAAGUUCCCCAGAAAUACCUCUGGCAUCAAUCACAAGGGCUGGGUGGAGGACAGCAUGAACCGCAACGACAGCGUCUAUUCUUUCCAGGAGAGAACGCGGUCUUUUGAUGGUUUCAACAUGCACUCUCUGGAGAACUCCCUGAUUGACAUUAUGAGGGCUGAACAGGACUCCUUAAAAGGACGCUACACAUUCCCACAUCAGGGUGGAGAUGUGCCUCUGCCUUUGAAUGCAAGAAGUUAUGGCAGAAGACGAGGCCAUUCGUCUCUGUUCCCCAUGGAGGAUGAGCGCUCCUUUGGAGAGGAUGAGUCCAGUGACCAGGGCCUCGCCGGCCUCGGCUCUGCCCACUGUUUCCCACACCUGAAUGGCGAACGCGUCGAGCGUUAUUCCCGCAAGGUGUUUGUCGGAGGGUUACCCCCAGAUAUAGAUGAAGAUGAAAUCACUGCCAGUUUCCGCCGAUUCGGCCAUCUCUUUGUAGAUUGGCCCCACAAGGCAGAGAGCAAGUCUUACUUUCCACCAAAAGGGUAUGCAUUCCUGCUGUUUCAAGAUGAGAGCUCUGUCCAGGCACUGAUUGAUGCCUGCAUUCAGGAGGAUGGCAAACUCUACCUGUGUGUCUCCAGUCCCACCAUUAAAGACAAACCUGUCCAGAUUCGGCCCUGGAACCUUAACGACAGUGACUUUGUGAUGGAUGGCUCUCAACCGCUGGACCCAAGGAAGACCAUCUUUGUAGGAGGAGUUCCUCGCCCCCUACGUGCAGUUGAGCUUGCAAUGAUCAUGGAUCGUCUGUAUGGGGGAGUUUGUUACGCCGGGAUUGAUACCGACCCUGAACUCAAGUAUCCAAAAGGCGCAGGGAGAGUGGCCUUCUCUAAUCAGCAAAGCUACAUUGCAGCCAUCAGUGCCCGAUUUGUUCAACUGCAGCACGGGGAGAUUGAUAAACGGGUGGAAGUGAAGCCAUAUGUCCUGGAUGACCAGCUGUGCGAUGAGUGCCAGGGCACGCGCUGCGGGGGGAAGUUCGCCCCUUUCUUCUGCGCCAACGUGACCUGCCUGCAGUACUACUGCGAGUACUGCUGGGCGGCCAUCCACUCCAGGGCCGGACGCGAGUUCCACAAGCCGCUGGUGAAGGAGGGAGGGGACCGGCCGCGGCACAUCUCCUUCCGAUGGAACUAAGGCUAGAGGGAGGGAGCGUUGCAUGAUCAGGGGAGGGAGCCAGAGAAAUUAGGGAAGGGGUUUAGACUGUAGUAUAAAAAAAAUAAUGCACUUUUAUUUUAAGUUAAAAAAAAAAUAAUAAUUUAUUUUUAUUUUUUGAAAUUUGGCCAUUUAAAAAAAAAAAGUGAAUCGAAAAAGAGUCAAAUCCCAUUUAUGUUUUGACAUUAAGUGUGCAUGAGCAUAUGGAUGCAUUAGAUUUAAAUUUAGAUGUUUUGUUUUUUUUCUAACUGAGUGUAUUUUCGGUUUCUUAGUUGGCAAAGCUGCUUACAUUUGUUGUUGAAAGUAACAUAAGAUUUAACUGAGGUUGAUCACGCCUGAAUCAGUAUACAAACUGUGGAAGUUAAGUUGAUGAAAAGGUGCAUUUUUCCUUACUUUGUGCUUGCAGGAUUUAAGAACUGUUCCAUUUACCAAAGCUUGAGUGCAAAUGGUUGGAGCUCUGUUUCGAAUGGAUCGAUUUAUUUACCUUUUUUUUUUUUUCCAAGUAGAUUAGCGAAUAACCUCUGGUCACGGUAAAAAAACAAAAACAAAAUCCUCCCAGAGUUUGGCACAUGUUUAGAUUGUUGGCUUAAACGUUUGGUUUAAAAGUGAACACUUGUAACCGGAAAGAGCAAACCAAAGAAUGGCCUAAAUCUGUCGUCCAAACAGUCGUUGAUCUGGGGUUUCUACUUUAAGGUGGUCCUCCUGUUGUUUAACAGGGGAAAAGGCUGGAGUUUCAGUUUGUAGUUUUCAGCUGAUAAAGAUACGGCCCUCCGGGCUCAGGUAUUGGCAGUAGUAUUUGUUCACUUUAUAUCGUCAGGGAUCUUAGCACUGGAAGCUAACAUGCUAAUGUAGUACUAACUAAUGGGGAUGCACAGUCCAGUCUCCCUGAGCUGUCCUCAUGGUGUACCACUGCACGCUCUACCGUGACUGGAGCUCUCUAUCACAAGUGUUGUGGUUGGAUUAUGGUAGUAGCUUGAAUUUGCUGUCACAGAGAUAAAGAUAUUAUUUUAUACAUGGCCUGCUGAUUUUUGUACAGUGUUUUAUAGCUGAUUAUUUUGUCAUGAACAUAUAUACAUUUAUUAUGCACUACUUUUUCUAAAUAUUUUUUUCAAUUGUCAUUUUAGGCACAUUUUUCACAAAUGGGAGAACUCCUUUUGCAAUACCUCAUUUUUUUCACUUUGUGGAAAAAUAAUUUUGUACCUUUGUUACUAAGAGAUCUGCAUUUAUGGUAAAUUUAAUUUAAAGAAAGUGAUUAAUAUAAUUUUUCAAUUAGCUUUUAUAUAUUUAAGUGCUGGUAAAUCUGAAAAUUGUCUGUUGCAUUGGUGUAAUUCUGUAGAUAAAAGGAAAAAAAAAAAGAAGCAAGCAGAAGAAAAAAAAGGCUUUUUAUAAGCCCGUCAUAUACAGUUCUCUCUCCUAAUAAUACAAUUACAGGAUCUUAAGGUAUGGCAAGACAUUUCUAAACCGAUUUUGAUAAGUAUCGAGUAUAAUCUAAUAUUUUUCUCCUUGGUGUAGUCAGUAGAAGUCUGAUUAAAGUAAAUGUUUUGGCUUUGAACAAUGUAAAAUCUUCCCUUUCUCCACCAGAGUGGAUCCCAUCUGUUUCCAAUCUCUUCUUUCCGAAAACUGCCUGUUAGUUCUACGUCUUCUCGGCAUGCAUACGAGAUAACACAGCUAGUGAUGAUGCAGGACCUAAUGUAAUGCACUAGAUCUCCUCCUUUAUUUUUAAUUUUUUCCUUUUAAAGAAAGAAGUUAUUUUCUUUCCUUAUCUCAUUGAGAUUGCCUCUCUUGUAGCCUCUCUCUACACAAUGGAGUCUGCCUUCCUUUACUGACAUGUUUAUGCAAUAUACACCCUGACAACACUUUGGAUGUGUUUUUGUAAUGUAUUGGACACUCAGUAGGACAUAGGCGAGGAGACGUGAUCACUUGACCCCUACCCCCUCCUCCUCCUUUGUGAUGUGGCAUGCUUUGGGACAUAACCUGAAUGUUAUUUAAUGUUGCAAGUUAACUUUGAGCCAUUACGUGCAAUACUUCUUCUUUCCAGAAACAGUUCUCCGCAGUGUACGUCAUUGUGUCAUAAAAAAAAAAAUAAUCAUGCAGUCUUUUACACUUUUUUUUCCAUUUCCUAUUGUUCAUGCUGAUGUCUGUGAAAAGAAACAAAAAAUAAUUUAUACCUAAAUUUAUUUUGUAAACCUUAGUUUUGUGCUUCUUUACUUAUUUUGCUACUACCAUGCUACUGUGAUUGAAAACAUGAUGUAUAUACAAGGUUGAUGUAUUUGGCAUUUGCUAUAUUUUCAAUUGAAAUGUAUAACAUUUUGAUCUAAUCUUUUAUCUUUUUAUUUUGGGGUGAAGUGUUAAAAUUGUCUAGUUUUUUGUUGUUGUUUUUUUUGAAUCGCUGAAACAUGCUUCACAGUUUCACAUGGAGAAAAAAAUUAUGUCUUAGUAUGGCUUGAUUGCAAAAUUUCAAUAGUUUUUAAUUGAAUGCUGGGAAGGUUAUAUUUAUUAACUUUUUUUUUUUUUUACCUGAUAUUUUGAUUUUUUUACUAAGUCAUUUCACCUUUAUAUGUAAGUUCCAAUUUUUAUAUUUUCUUCCUGAUUAAUUUUUCGCUACAAUACAGACGUCAGUUUUUAUAGUUGGUUUGUAGUAUUGAAGUAAAAGACCUAAAGUCAUAAAUUAAUUUGCUGCCAACUGUUUGUAACUGUAUGCAUACAUUUGAAGUAUUUGUAAUGUGAGAUGUUGAAUGAAUAAAACAGCUGUGAGGAAGAAGA